CAGAAGGAUAGUAUGAUAGUAUGUUCAUUGAUAGGUACCAUUAUUUUUUUUUUUUUUGGUAGAAAUAGUUACCAUUAUUUAAACCUACAAAAGUUUCCUCAUGACUUAUGUGUUCCAAUAAGAAAAAAAGAAUGUUCACUUACGUGGCCAGAUUGCCGUUGAACGAUGGUUUCCCCGCCAAAACCUAGGGUUUGGAGUUGAUAACCUGGCGAAUACGAAACCCCGCGAAACUCAACGGACGGGACUUGCAAAUCAUCUGUCACCGAGUGUAUUAAACUUCCUGCCACUCCUAUUCAGGGAUUCAAUAAUUGCUGAGAGCAAAACGUUAGAGCCGAGAAGAUAUGGCGGAGAUCGAGAGGGAAAUCAGACGAGUCCAAGUUCGAAGCCUCGCUGGUGAAUCGACGACUAUCUCAAUUUCCCCGAUAAGUACCAUCGAAGAACUAAAACUCAAGUUGAAGGAAUUGUUCCUUCCAGCCAAGGAUUCCCCAAACUUUCAUCUAUUUUUCAAGGGCACUAAGCUGAUCUUGGGGCGUCAAAUAGGUAGUCUUUCUUUUGGCCAUGACGAUUUCUUAGUUCUCGUUCCUUUUACCAAGAAGGCACGGCCUCAGAUGCAUCAUCAAUUCUCCAGCCAGCCUACAGCUUCAUCGCAGGAUCCCAAUCAAAAUACUGCAUCCUCUUUUGCUGAUUUGGCAUGGUCUGACAUGAUGAGCGAUUUAUCGUUUUUAUCUGGUACCUCAAGAAACGGAGUUCAACCUGAUCUAAAUGCUCAAGGGAAGGAUAAAGUUAUGAAGGAAAGCUUCUUUAACCACUCUUCGAGCACUCAAAGGAGGAAACGGUCUAAUUAUGAUGUACAGGAAAGACCACUCGAUGACCUUGUUCACAGUAUCCAAGGCACAGCUAGCGGGAAGGUUUUUGAUGAACAAAACAGUGAAAAGUUUCUUCAGUUUUUGGAGUCAAUAGAUUGUUUAUCUGAUCCAAAGUCAAGGAAUUGCUCCUUGAAAGUUUCUUUAGCAUAUAAUGACACGAUUCCGUGCAAUGAGAAGAAAAAGUCUUGCUUGUGUCCUUCAUGGUUGAAGAGGACACUAAAGGGCUUUGCUUUCAUAAACACCUUUUAUAUGGUUCUCCAAAUGCGGAGUGAGAGAUUCACUUUGGAUCAGUUAGAUGGAGCAUUGAAGCAGCUUGGGAAAUUUGGCUUCGAUUUUGAUAUUGCGGACCUGAAGCAUAUUUCAGUUCUUUGUCCAGAGGUUGUGAAGUUUGGUGACCAAGAGACUGCUGCUGCCAAUGUGGGUGAUUCUAUUGUUAUUUUCAAUUCUCUGAUUGAGCUGGGAGUUGAAGCGGACAAUCAUAGGACCGCUAGAAAAAAGGUCCGAGACUCAACGGUCGUAGACAAGAUGAAGAUACGGGACACUGCCUUCAGAAAAAGACUAUUGGAGGCUGUUACCUCCUUCACGGGUAAAACAAUGUUUGCAAGGAGGGUUACAAUGCUUUUAUCAUUGGAAGAUCUUCUAAAAUCUAUGGAGGAAAGUGGUGAUGCUGCAAAAUGCAGUGAAGCAAAAUGUACGAGGAGUCGUUCUGCCCCUUCAAGUUCUCAUUCGCUGCAGGAACUAUGUCAGGUUUUCCUGUCUUUCUCAUGGACCUUUAAUACUGUUCCCUGGAGAAGUACCUUAUUCUCUUUCACUAACUUUCUGAGUCUAUUCUCUUUCACUAACUUGCUGAGUCAACAGGACACAAAUGAAUUGUCACCAGGAGAAAUGGUUGAACAUCUUAGAAAGGGACUUGGAUCGCAAGGACAGAUUGUUCAUAUUGAAGAAAUUGGUGUGAGAAAGGCUAUGCAUGUUGAGAUCCUAAAUGAGCUCUCAGAGACAACGAGGUCUGCACUUCAAAGGAUUGGAGUCACUAGGUUGUACAGCCACCAGGCAGAGGCAAUACAGGCUUCUCUUUCUGGGAAAGAUGUAGUUGUGGCAACAAUGACUUCUAGUGGAAAAUCCCUUUGCUACAAUGUGCCAGUACUGGAAGCAUUGACCCAGAAUUUAUUAUCAUGUGCUCUGUACUUAUUUCCAACAAAGGCUUUAGCUCAAGAUCAGUUAAGAGCUUUGUUAGUGAUGACAGAGGGGUUGUUGGAUAUUAGCAAAAAUAUUGGUGUCUAUGAUGGCGACACUUCUCAACACGACAGGAAAUGGAUCCGUAGUUCUGCUAGACUGUUGAUCUCGAAUCCUGAUAUGUUACACAUGUCAAUCUUGCCAUACCAUGGACAAUUCCAGCGGAUUUUAUCAAAUCUGAGGUUUGUCAUCAUUGAUGAGGCUCAUGUUUAUAAGGGAGCUUUUGGUUGCCAUACUGCUCUAAUAUUGAGGAGACUUCGCCGUCUCUGUUGUCAUGUGUAUGGCAGCAACCCUUCGUUUGUAUUUUCAACUGCGACCUCCGCAAACCCUCGUGAGCAUGCAACGGAACUUGCAAACCUGUCGAUAUUGGAGCUUAUUCAGAAAGAUGGAAGUCCUUGUGGUCCAAAAAAUUUUAUCAUGUGGAAUCCUUCUUUAUGUCCUACAACAGUAUCAAAGACUCUGAGUAGCUCAGAUACAAGUAAAUAUGCUGAUCGAGAAGUCAGUACCAGACGCUCAAGUCCGGUUUUAGUGGUGUCCUGUCUCUUUGCAGAAAUGGUUCAGCAUGGACUUCGCUGUAUUGCUUUUUGUAAAACACGCAAGCUCACUGAACUUGUACUAUUCCACACACGUGAGAUGCUUCAGGUGACUGCACCUGAUCUGGUUGGCUCUAUAUGCGCUUAUCGUGGUGGAUACAUUGCUGAGGAAAGGAGGAGAAUAGAGAAUGAGUUUUUUAAUGGAAAACUUCGUGGGGUUGCUGCAACAAAUGCUCUUGAGUUGGGUAUUGAUGUUGGACACAUUGAUGCAACUUUGCAUCUAGGUUUUCCUGGUACUGUUGCCAGCUUGUGGCAACAAGCUGGGAGAUCUGGGAGAAGGGAAAGGCCAGCGCUUGCAGUCUAUGUUGCAUUUGAAAGUCCUCUUGAUCAGUAUUUCAUGAAAUUCCCACAGAAACUCUUUCGGAGCCCGAUUGAGAGUUGUCAUGUUUAUGCUCAUAACCAGCAGGUGCUUGAGCAGCAUCUAGUAUGUGCAGCUCUUGAACACCCAUUGAGUUUGGUGUAUGAUGAGAAAUACUUUGGCUCUUGUCUAAAUAAUUCAGUAAUGUCUCUUACAAAUAAAGGAUAUCUGAGUUCUGAUCCAUCCCGUGAUUUACCUUCCCAAAUAUGGAGCUAUAUUGGGCAUGAGAAAAAACCUUCACAUGCAAUUUCUAUUCGAGCAAUAGAGACUCAGAGAUACAAAGUAAUAACGAAUAAAAGUAAUGAAGUCCUUGAAGAGAUUGAGGAAAGCAAGGCCUUCUUUCAGGUUUAUGAAGGGGCAGUUUAUAUGCAUCAAGGGAAAACUUAUUUGGUGAAGGCCUUGGAUUUAUCAACAAAGGUUGCUCUAUGUCAAGAAGCUAACUUGAAGUAUUACACAAAGACACGUGACUACACAGAUAUUAAUGUCAUUGGUGGUGCAAUUGCUUAUCCAGCAAGGAUUUCUGACGUGCAGCAGAGGAAAACAUCUGCCCAGACAAAUAACUGCAAAGUAACUACCACAUGGUUCGGCUUCUAUCGUAUUUGGCGUGGAAGCAAUAAAAUUUUUGAGGAAGUAGAACUUUCUCUCCCUAGAUAUUCUUAUGAAUCACAGGCAGUUUGGAUUCAAGUUCCCCAAUCAGUAAAAGCAAUGCUUCUUGUCAUGCGCUUUCUUAAUACGGUGCCUCUAUUCCUAAUGGAUCUAAAGGCCUUGUUUUCUUUUCUUGCAUGUAGUUAUAUAAUGUGUAACUCUUCGGACUUGGCUUCUGAGUGUGCGAAUCCUCAUGAAACCCGUGAUUUUCCAGAAAGAAUUCUUUUGUAUGAUCAGCAUCCUGGAGGAAUUGGUUUAUCAGCUCAGGUGCAGCCGCUUUUCACAGAACUGUUAGCUUCUGCUUUGGAGCUUGUCACAACAUGCCCAUGCUUGGGAGCUAGUGGUUGCCCUAACUGUGUUCAAAAUCUAUUGUGCCAUGAAUACAACGAGGUCCUGGAUAAAAAUGCAGCCCUUAUUAUUCUUCAGGGCAUUAUAGAGGCUGAGGACUCGUUCCAAAAGUGGUCAGAUUCUUCCAAGACCAGUAAUACAGAAGAACAUCAGCAAACUCUUUGACAUCUCAUUACUUUCUUUGUUGGAAUAUAUACUUUUCAAUUUUGUGUCCUACCAGGCCCCAGUUUUGCUAUUUUUCUUUCUUGAUAAUGAAAUUAUUUUUGCUCACUUUUUAAUUUGUAAUGUCAUUUCAAGUA